ACAAUAUCUCUCUCUCAAAGAACACUAACAAGAGAAAAUUUUCAAGAAAUCAACAAUGGAGAAUCUGAUAAAUAGUGAAGAAGGGGACUCUCAUCAGAUCCCAUUAAUAUUAUUUGAUCAAUCUUCAGCAACAACUCCUAUCUUGAAGUAUCUUGAUCUCGAAAGUUCUCCAUCUUCUUCUUCUGGCUCUUCUGUGUCAUCUCACAGCGAGGAAGAAGACUAUAUCGAGAUGAAGAAGGAUGAAGAUGAAAUGACCGUUGAAACAACAGAGCGGAUGUUGCAGAAGAGUAAGUCUAAGCCGAAGCCAAGCUCAGGAAAAGGAGGCAAAAUCAACUAGGAUUCAUGUAAACUUAUACGUUUUAUACUAGUCUUUAUGGUAUAUAUACAAAAACACACACACACACACUCAUUCAAAAUUAAAGUAAAUGCAAAUAUGUACAAACAAAGCUGUAAAUAUGAUAGUACUUAUGUAGUCAUAUGUUUUGAAUGUGAAUCUA